CGUCACGCCGCGGCUCGGCCGAUGACGCCGUGUGGGACGCGCGGGGCUGCGCCACGCAGGCCAAGGUGUGCCCCUGCCUUCCUCCUCUCCAGGUGCAUCAGAGAGGAGCUGUGAGCGAUGGCUCUGGCGCUGAGGUGCCUCCGUCCUCUCCCGUCCCUGCUGCACCGCUCCUCCUUUGCCAUGAGCCGGGCGCUGCCCCGAGGCUGCCCAGCCCCGCUCCUGGAGGGCUGCAGGCAGUGUGUCCAGCAGAUGCUGCUCAGCAGGCAGCUGGCUACCAAAAAAGCUAAAGGUAAAGGGCAGAGUCAAGCCAAAGUGAAUAUCAGUGCUGCCCUAGUUGAGGAUAUCAUCAAUUUGGAGGAAACCAGUGAAGAUAUGCAGGCAGUCAUAGAAGCUCUGAAAGAAGAUUUCAGCAGAAAUCUCAAUGUUAGAACCUCAGCAGGGGCCCUGGAUCACGUAACCGUGAUGACAAAGGAUGGGAAGUUUCCGCUGAACCAGCUGGGGCAGAUCUCACAGAAGUCACCGCAGCUCAUGAUAGUGAACAUGUCCAAUUUUCCAGAGAGCACAGCUGCAGCUGCAAAGGCAAUAAGGGAGAGUGGCAUGAACCUGAACCCAGAGGUGGACGGGACGGUGAUUCGGGUGCCAGUUCCCAAGGUCACAAGAGAGCACAGGGAGAGCCUGGCCAAGCUGGCCAAGCAGUCCACCAACAAAUCCAAAGAGGCCCUGAGAAAGGUGAGAAGCAAAAGCAUCACCCAAGUAAAGAAGUUCAAGAGCAAAGUGUCAGAAGAUACCAUCAGGCUGCUAGAAAAGCAGAUCCAGCAAAUGGCAGAUGAGGCUGCCACAGAGAUGGACAAGCUGCUGGCAGCAAAGACCAAGGAGCUGCUUGGAUGAACACCGUCCCCAGGGCCACCCUCCGCUCCCCGGGGCAGCUCUGUGCCUUGGCUGCCCCCAUUGCCUACCUUGGGUGUGCUGCAGGGAGGGGGGAGCUCUCCUUGCUGUCCUUUAUCCAGGUGGGAACAGGAUUGCAUGAACCGAGAUCAAAAAUAAAAUAUCAGGAAGGUGAACCGGAAGCUGCUGGAGGCACAGAGGAAGGACUGCCCUGCUCACUUUGUGCCCCAUCCUUGCCCUGCACCAUCAGCCCCCGGAGCCAGGACCACCCACGAGAGGAACCUGCCAGUCUUGCUGCAAACCUCGGCAUUUAUUUCUGCUUGAAAUCAACUCAGAAUGAGGUGUGGAGCAGCAGCCUGGUGACAGCCAGGUCCUGGUCUGGUGUGUUCCCUCAGCUCCACGUGUUCCAAACAAGCAUUUGCCCCGUGCCGUGGCUGGCAGCUGCCAGCAGAGUGGGAAGGGAUGGGAGAGCCCGGCACAGGGUGGGCAGGAGCUCUGUGGGGAGAGAACUGAAACCAGCGCUGUCAGCACGGCCGCUUUAGCCAGGACUGAGACCUAAAACCAACACAGGAACUUCCCAAAAAGCAGCGUCUGCCUCCCCAGCCAUUUACAAAAGGCCCGUGAGCGUGUGGCACCACAGUUUAGGGGCUGGAGGAGGUUCAGGCAGAGCAGGUCCUGGGCACGUCACACAGCUCAGCUCCUCUCUGUGAGCAGGUACUUCCCAGGGCAGCAGGCAGCCUUGGCAGUGGCAGGAGCAGGAAGGUGGUGGCAGCCCCCAGCCCUGCUCCCAAGGCAUUCGGGUUCAAAGAGCACCGAGUGCUCUGCACUCCUUAAAUAAACAACUCCCCAAAAGUUAGUUUGUGUGCCGCGGGGAGGGGGAGGAGGAUGAAGGAUUUGCUCUGCUAGGGCCCCACAUGUCAACAAUUUCUCUGCUUUGUGUAUUUUGGCCAAAGCCCUUACCAUGAUAAAUGAAUAAAGGAAGAUGGCGAGCCCAGGGCGGUUCCUCA